AGCGAGAAAAGCCGACAAAACCCGUUCUCUCAGUAGGGGACACAUUGUUUGUUGCCGCGGCCCUCAUCCAGCGUUAGCGGCGGAGUUUUUCACGGUAAAGAAGACGGAUCGGAUUUUCAGUACCAACUAGAAAGUCCAGUUCGACCGACAGAGAUGUCACAGGAGCAUGACAAUAAGCGUGCGGUCCUGGUUCUCCAGAACGAGCCAGGCUAUGGCGGCCAGCGUCGCUCCUUCACCACAGAAGAUGAAGCCUGGAAAUCCUUUCUGGAGAACCCGCUGACGGCUGCCACCAAGGCCAUGAUGAGCAUAAACGGAGAUGAGGAUAGCGCAGCAGCUCUUGGCCUGCUCUACGACUACUAUAAGGUGCCCAGGGAAAAGAGAACAAUAACCCAGAGCAAGCCAGAAACCCUGGUCUGUGAUGUGGAUCCUAACAAAAGACACCAGCUCCAGUCUGGACACACCAUGGCUCCUCAUCAGGACGGCAGUAUGGAGAACAGGAUCCAGGUCCUUAAGGGGCCCUUCAAUAUUCUUCAGCUGGCCCAGGACAAGAGGGCCCAGUUUCCCUCACCAGACACGACCGUCACUGUUUCUAUUGCCGCCAUGCCAAACUACCCAUCCGUCAAGACAGAGGUGCCUACCCAUGGCUUCUCAGUGACCGUGCCAAACAACUGUGCCGAAACUGAUGGCCAUGUGAGUGUCUUUGAACGCCAGCUCACCCACAACACGGUCCAGUUCAGCCCCAACACCCAGUCACGCACGCCCCCCGACUCCACCUUCUCUGAGAGUUACAAGGAUGGUUCCCAGGAGGUGUUUUCCUUCCCAGGGGAUCUCCAGUUACGUAUGGCCUCCAUGUCGCCUCGGGACUACAAUCAGUUUAACCCCGUGCAGGGGAAUAACUUUGAGUACACUCUUGAGGCGUCCAAGUCUCUGCGUCAGAAGACCGGUGACGGGACAAUGACGUACCUCAACAAGGGCCAGUUUUACCCGAUCACCCUCAGGGAGGUUGACAACAAAGGCAUGCAGCAACCCAUCACCAAAGUCAGGAGUGUAGUGAUGGUGGUGUUUGGAGAGGAGAAGUGCAGAGAUGAUCAGCUGAAGCACUGGAAGUACUGGCACUCUAGACAGCACACUGCCAAACAGAGGUGUCUGGACAUUGCUGACUAUAAGGAGAGCUUCAACACCAUUGGCAACAUCGAGGAGAUUUCCUAUAACGCCAUUUCCUUCACCUGGGACACCAAUGAGGAGGCCAAAAUCUUCAUCUCCGUCAACUGUCUGAGCACCGACUUCUCUUCCCAGAAGGGCGUGAAGGGUCUUCCUCUGAACCUGCAGAUCGACACCUACAGCUACAACAACCGCAGCAACAAGCCCAUCCACCGCGCCUACUGCCAGAUCAAAGUCUUCUGUGACAAGGGAGCCGAGAGGAAGAUCCGAGACGAGGAGAGGAAGCAGUCCCGCCGGAAAGGGAAGGUCACGGAGCUCAACUCUGGCCUGCCCUAUGUGGAUGUCAAAAUUCCCGUCCUUCAGAAACGCAACGAUGUGACCAUCUUCAAAAUGAUGAAUGACCACGAGACCCAGCCUGUCCUUUUCAUACCUGACAUUCACUUCUCUACCUUCCAGCGCCAUCCUUACCAGACAGAAGAUGGAGAGGAGAGCUCGGGCAUGAAGCGAUUACCCUUCAGUGAUGAUGAGUUCGGUUCACCCCCAAACAAAAUGGCAAGAGAGGAAGCAAAGAAAGUACUGCUGUACGUGCGCAGGGAGACGGAGGAGGUGUUUGAUGCCCUCAUGCUGAAGAAUCCCACGCUGAAAGGCCUGGUGGAAGCUAUUUCAGAAAAGUAUGAAUUACCUUUGGAGAAGGUUGAAAAGGUCUAUAAGAAGUGCAAGAAAGGGAUCCUAGUCCACAUGGACGACAACAUCAUCAAACAUUACUCCAACGAAGACACCUUCCAGAUCACCAUGGAGGAGAUGGGUGGCAUGUUCAAACUCACGCUCACUGAAAUCUGAUUGGACAGGAGGAGGUGACCAGAGGGAUGGAGGAUGAAUGAAAUGGAGCCGUCAGUAGAAGUGGUUUACACGUCUAGCUAUGUAGUGAUUAUGGACUUCAUCUGAAACUUUAAUCAUGUUGUCUUUGUGCUAUAUUAAUGUCAAGCAGAAGUCCCACAAGAGGUAUUUAAAAAAAAGCCAUAGUUCUUAAUAGACCACAAUGUUGAUUAGAUAUGUAAGUUAUACAUUUUUGAUUCAUUUUAAAACCUUUUUUGUGCAUACAAAUCAACAAGUGACAACAGGUUUGAUUGAUGUGACACCUUCUUUUUGUAUUCAGUAAGUUGCACCUCAGAUAAUAGUGCCUACUUUUGUAAAUGAUUGUGCAGAGCAUUUGUGGUGCUGCUAUACCUCAUUCUAUGCAAGCAGCGGUGUUUCUUUUAAUGAGGAGAAACAGCUCAUCUUUCCCUUACUAAAGCCAUAGCACUGAUGAUUACAAUCUGUAAAGUUGGGUAUUUAGCACACAAAAUGAAGACAGCAAAUUGUUGAUGGAGCCCCAGUGGUUCAGUGUAUUAAUACUAAACAACAUGGCAGUAUUUAGUGUGUAAAACUAUCUUCAACCAUCAUACAAUUAGGGUAGAAUAUUGUAAAUGUGUGUGUGUGUGUGUUUUUUUUUUAACAUAGGAUACAUGUUGUUUGUAAAUGAAAUGACUUUUCGUCAGAUCAAUAUAAAUAAUGGCCUCUUUGAAAGUAUUAAUUAGUCACUAAAUAUAUUGAUAAUAAUGCUAAAACACAGCUACCCUUCCCCUGUAGUAGUAGUUUUCUGAAUGUUGAUGAAAAAGUUCGAUGAAUGUCUAUUAGUCCAGGCAGGCUGUUCUGGAAGUGCAAUAAGAUAUUUAGGUUCAGACAAAUUCAGAAAAUGAAUCUCCUAUUGCCAUAACUACAGUAUAUAAUACAUAUUAACUGUUAAACCAGAUUUUUUUUUAAAUGGAAAUAUUGUUGUAUAUAUCCACUGAAAACAAAAUGGAUCUUUAUGAUCUCUCAUUUUGUAUCUCAGUACUUAUUGUGUAUAUAUUUAUUAAGAGCUGGA